AUGCGCAGGCCUGAAUCUGCUACCCCGGAAACGGGGAUCAAAGAUCCUGUUUUAGUAGACUUUGAGUAUGGUGGCACCACUUCGGCCCUGGCAACUGGAUGGAACAUUUCCAAUUUUAUUCAAGGAGUCGGUAUAUUGGGCAUACCUUACGCUUGCGCCAACACCGGCUGGCUGAUCGCAAUUGUCUCAAUCCUGGGCGUGGCCGCGCUCACCUGCUACACGUGUCUGCUUAUUUCCGAUUGCCUCUACUUGCCAAGCCAAGCCUGA